CUUACUAUGUCCAGGGAACCAGGGCUGAAUUGCUCCAGUAUCAUCUGACCAGGGGGUCACAAUGGCUCACACCCGGUUUAUUAUCACCUCAAAAGAAGAAAUUUUUUCCCUUCCGGAUGGUCGUCCAAUCAAACGUCAGGAUAAAGUCUUUUCCAUUCUACUACUACACCGUACAUUUCGGCCUCCGUCUUUUGAUGCCGAAAAAGCAAAUCCUGGACAUACGAGGCAAGACAUCGUUCGAUUCAUGAACAUUGUUAUGGUACCCGACCGACCCAAAGAAUGAAAAGGCGGGUUUUCACACGCACAUGUGGACUCGUCGUUGCAGCAAGC